AUGACACCACCAGCGAUCGGGGAGACCUCACUAACAGCACUCCUGGCUACGUUGAACCUCGCCCUCUGCCCGACAACAUACGUCUUCCUCACCAUCCCCGCCACUGCUCAGGCCUCCUCCAUCCCCAAAGCGCUGCUGGACACCGCGAUCCUCACCUUCCGCGAGGCCGAAGGCCUCACCCUCAUCGCGCCGCAGGACAUCGCCUCACUGCACCAACACCACCAAAUCACAUCCCAGUAUCCAUGCCGCAUGAUCACGUGUGCGGUGCACUCCAGCCUCGAAGCGGUGGGGUUUCUAGCCGUGCUGACUCGGGCCCUUGCGGAUAGCGGAAUCAGUUGUAACCCCGUCAGUGGCUAUUUUCAUGAUCACCUGUUCGUGCCGGUGGGGAAGGAGGAAGAGGCCGUGUCGGUAUUGGAGGGCCUUGUUAGGGAUGCGAAGAAGGCGAGCGGAGAGGGGGGGAGUUGA